AUGUUUUUAAUGCCUGGCUGGCACCCAGGCAGCUCAGUGCCAGCCCUGCCGGGUGAUGCUGUGUCGGUGCCGGGGGUCCAGCACUGCCCCGGUGCUGGCACAGAUCACCAGGGCUGGGCACGGACCCCGGGCACGGCUCCGGACCCGGCUCUGCCCCCCAGAUCGCGGCCCCGGCGGUGCCGGUGGAGCCGGAGCUCGGCAGCGGAGCCUCCCCGGCCGCUGCCCGGGGACGGUGCAGGGCUGGGAAGGUUCUUCUCGAGCAGGAAGCGGAGGCAUUUCCUCCUGCUGCUCGCCGGGCGGGUUUUGCAAUCCUCGGGUUUCAGUUCCCGGCCCGGGGAGGCGCCUCUCGCUCUGCGCUCCCCGGUGCUGGCACCGCGCAGGGUUUUGCUGCCAGCCCCGGCAGGUCCCGGCCGGGCGGGUCCUGGCAGCGCUGAGGGCUCGGUCCAUGCUCAUCCCUGGCCCCGGUGCUGCCGGGGAGGCUGCCCGGGGGAGCGGCCUUGGCCGGCGAUUCCCGGGGCGCCGCCGGGCACAGAGGGGCGAAGGCUGGGCCCGGGCGGGCAGCGGCCCCCGGGUGAGCCCCGCGCUUCCCGCUGGACAUGCAGAGCACCCCCAGCUACCUGUGGAGCACCGAGGACCUCCUGGGCCAGGGGGCCACGGCCUCUGUCUACAAAGCUCGCAACAAGAAAUCGGGGGAGCUGGUUGCUGUGAAGGUCUUUAACAACGCCAGCUACCUGCGGCCCCAGGAGGUGCAGAUGAGAGAGUUCGAGAUGCUGCGGAAGCUGAACCACAAGAACAUUGUCAAACUGUUCGCUGUGGAGGAGACGGGCAGCAGCAAGCAGAAGGUGCUGGUGAUGGAGUUCUGCUCCAGCGGCAGCCUGCUGAACGUGCUGGAGGACCCAGCCAACGCCUUUGGCCUGGCCGAGUCCGAGUUCCUCAUCGUGCUGCAGUGUGUGGUGGCAGGGAUGAACCACCUCCGUGAGAACGGCGUGGUGCACAGGGACAUCAAACCCGGCAACAUCAUGCGCCUGGUGGGGGAGGACGGGCGGAGCAUCUACAAACUCACGGAUUUCGGGGCCGCCCGGGAGCUGGAGGAUGAUGAGAAGUUCGUGUCUGUGUACGGGACAGAGGAGUACCUGCACCCCGACGUGUACGAGCGAGCUGUGCUGCGCAAGCCACAGCAGAAAGCCUUCGGGGUCACCGUGGACCUCUGGAGCAUCGGGGUCACCUUCUACCACGCUGCCACCGGCAGCCUCCCCUUCGUGCCCUUCGGGGGACCCCGCAGGAACAAGGAGAUCAUGUACAAAAUCACCACGGAGAAGCCUCGUGGGGCCAUCGCGGGGAUCCAGAGGCAGGAGAACGGGAGCAUCGAGUGGAGCUACGAGCUGCCCAUCACCUGCCGCCUCUCCGCGGGGCUGCAGGACCAGCUGAUCCCCGUCCUGGCCAAUAUCCUGGAGGUGGACCAGGAGAAGUGCUGGGGGUUCGACCAGUUCUUUGCAGGAACCAACGACAUUUUGCAGAGGAUCGUGGUGGACGUGUUCUCCCUGCAGCAGGCGUCCUCCCACCGCAUCUACAUCCACUCCUACAACACUACCACCAAGUUUUUAGAUGCCGUCUUCAAACAAACAAACAUAGUCCCUCACCAUCAAGAAUACUUUUUUGAAGGACACCUGUACGAGCUGGAUCCCAACCUGCAAGCUCGUAAUUUCUGCAGAACCACAGAGAGGAGUCCCCUGACUUUGCUGAGCACCUCAGAGCAGCCCGAGGACGUGGUGGGGGUCCGGUACCGAGACCCGGCACUGGAGUUCCCGAAGUUCGUGCCCAGGGUGGACGUGGUGGCCGACUGCAGUGCAGCCAAGAGUGCCGUGGGUGCCGCUCACCAGACGCUGCGCGUGGGGCAGGCGCUGCGGAGGGCCCGGGAGCUGCUGGCCAGGGGCCUCCACUGGGUGAUAGGGAACCUGAGGACGGAGUGCUCCAGGAUCCUGGAGCAGAGGAGAGGGGCUCACUCCGUGCUCGCCUGCCUGCAGCUCACCGAGGGGAAGACACACGAGCUGCACCAGGCGGUUCCCGCAGGCAGCAGGGGCGCGGCUGGGCUGGAUGCGGUGCGGACGAGGCUGCAGAGGGUGGACCAGGAGCUCUCCCAGUGCUCCCACAGCAUCUUUGACUUCCAGGGGGCUCUGGACGGGAUUCUGGCCGAGCUGCUGAGGGACAGGCAGCAAGUGCACGAAGACAAAAGCAUCCCGCAGAUGGAGUGCUGCCUGGAGAGGAUGCAGGCCAUCUACAAACACUUCAAGAGGGCCAGGACGUGUCCCAGGCUGGGCUACAACGAGGAGCAAAUCCACAAACUGGAUAAGGUGGUGUUCUCUGUCUCUCAUCCCGGGUUUAGGCUGAAUUUGGGGAGCCUGGCCAGGAAGGUUCUGUCCAUUUUCCAGAACGAUUGUGUCCAGCAGUACCAGGAGGCGCUGGCCCUGCACAGCAGCAGGAUGAGGAAAGUUUGUGAGAUCAAGAAGCACCUGAAGAGGCUCAGCAACCGCAUCAGCAGCUGCAGCGUGGAGAUGAUGGAGUGCCAGGACUGCCUGGGGGCUGCUCUGGACAGCCUCCUCCAGAUGGAGAAAUGGAAUUUGGCCCCAGCUCCUCCUGUGCCUGCCCCGGUGUCCCUGAGCCAGGCACGCCAGGAGAUGGCUCUGCGGAUGCAGGAGCUGCUGGAGCAGAUGAGGUCGGUCACCUGUGACCUGCAGUUCAACAACAGCAUCAUCGAGCGGUUGGGUGGGGCUGCUCCCACUCCCAGCGUUUGAGGGACACGGUGGAGGAGCAGCUGCUGCAGCAAAAGCCCUUCCCAGCCCGGGGAGUUGGGAGCGCCGGAGCCGCGGGAUUCCCGAGCUCCCUAUGCCCUACCUGUGCUCCAGCACUUUGCACCUUCACCAAUCGGCUCCCAGCGCCCUGAGCCUCUGCAAGUUCAGCCAGAAAAACUGAGUGGGGGGUUUAUCUUCUUCUUUUUAAAAAAUGUUUGAAGGACUCGGUGUUUUUAUGGUUCCUCUGUGUCAGGUGAGGAACAAGAAGAGGCUUCACCUUUUGUCCUCUCA